UGCAUCUGAUGAGGUAUACGACUCAGGCGCUCGGCUGGGUGUCAAAGACGACCAUGCCGAUGACAGUCUCUGGCGCAACUGCGAGUGGCAACCGCACCGGCUCACCGUGACGAGUGUCGUAUGCGACUGCAGCCUGUGACCAUGGCGAGUGGGCCGGCUAAAAGGAGUCGCCUGCUCGAGCUUCCGAGGGAGAUUUUCCUCCAUAUUAGCUCAUUCUUGCCUUUGGGCUCUCGCAUUGUGCUUGAAAGACAGACUUGUGCUCAGCUCCGGUCGCUGGGUCGGCCCUCCCUCGAUCCACCCUAUCGUCUGUCACUACCUCAACUGCACGAUGCUGCCGAAGAGAUCCGUGGUCAAUUUGGCAAAGAUGGAUCAAAUUCUGGAGAUGCUUCCAGAGCCGACAAAAGCCAUUUAUUUUCCUUGGCAUCUUUAUCAAACAAUGAUCUCAUUCUGCUGAUCAGAGCCUUGGAGUGGCUGGUUCCUCAGCUGCGUGUGGCGCUAAAAGAUGCGGGGCACGAUACGGACGAUUUCAAAGUCCCUCCUAAAUCUAGGCCUUUUUUACGGUCCAUUUUCGCCGUAGGAUGGCAUGGUGUACCGGGUGAUCGAUUCGCGCAGAUGCUUGCGUUCGAGCCCGCCUUGCAGCAUGUGGAAACAGUAAUCAAGACUGACCGCCUAGACAAUGAUUCUUGGUACAAUUUACAGACACACCUCACGAAUUCGGAAGAUGAGGCAUACCGACACAAAUACCGCGCGGUUCUAACAGCCGACAAGCAACAUCGAGACAGUGAAUGGCGCUCAUCCUCGUCGCACCGCCGUGGUCGCUCACAAGUCAGUGUUGAAGACAUGCCGCGCCUUCCCGGAGAUUUAGCAGCUGCACUUGCCCAGGUACCGUUGUUGCCGUCCAUGGAGAAGGGUCCAUUUUUUGUUCGCACACAGGCGCUUGUCUCGGUCGGCAGCAAGCGGCCGCCCUUUUUCCUCAAGGGCAUGGGACUCAGCGCGGGCUACGACUGUCUCUGUUUUGUCAACUCUGACCUUCAAUCAGGGGUAUCACCUGGCAGUCCCGCAACCAGCAUGGCAGAUCGAUCAGAGACGGGAAACAGGGAUACGUCAUCCACACGGAGGCCAAUGCUGAAGCACGUAAUCCUUCAGGGUCGACACACCUUGCAGGAAGCACGAGAGCUAGAAUCGAUGUACGAGUGGAGCGAUACCACAUGUAUUGCAUGCAAGCAGACGAUCACUUUCUGA